AUGCUUUUUGGAAACUUCGGGUUGGCCUUUCUAACCCUGUUCUUUCUUCCCUUGGCUGAAAGCCUUCAUGUAACCCCAGAAAUUGCAGAUGAACAGCUACGCGAUGUCUACGACUACAUCAUCGUUGGAGGUGGCACCGCAGGUCUGAUCAUCGCCAAUCGCCUUUCCGAAAACCCAGCAGUUCUCGAAUCUGGUCCUUUGGAUGACGCGAGAAAUCUUUCGAUUCCUGGAGGCCUUCUUCCUGUCCCGGGCACAAUCGGGUCAGGUGGAGGGCAAAAAUACCAAUGGGAGUUGACCACUGAACCCCAGACCUAUCUCAACAAUCAGAAUGUGGAAGUCCCUCAAGGAAAGGCUGUUGGCGGCAGUUCCAUCCUCAAUGGCCUCUGUUGGUCCCGAGGCUCAGUGUCUGAUUAUGAUGAUUGGCAAAAGUUGGGUAACAAGGGUUGGUCUUGGAAUGACCUACUUCCCUACUUCAAAAAGUCUGAAAAGUUUACCUUUAAUGUUGAGCCUCAUGACACUGAGAAACUUCACAUACGUCCUCAAUCAGCUGAGCAUGGAUACAAUGGCUCAGUACACGUCUCCUACCCUCAGUACUUCUAUGACCAAUCUUCUAACAUUCUGGACGGCUUUGCGGAGCUGGGCCUGCCCAUCAUUGGUGAUGUGAACAAUGGGACAGCCGCAGGGGCCAUGAUACUUCCCUCGAGCAUGCACCCUGAUAACCAGACCAGAUUUGAUGCCAGAGAAGCUCACUUUAACUCGGUAUCUUCGAGGUACAAUCUUCAUAUUGCAACCAACCAGACUGUCACACAACUUGUUUUGGAUAGUGACAGUGCAUACAGCUCGAGUCAGAGAGUCAUGGGAGUCGAGUUUGCUCUAGAUGACAAGUCUAAGGUGAGAUCAGUUUCUUGUACCCGAGAGGUAAUUGUUUCGGCUGGUGCGAUCUUCACUCCCACUUUACUUCAGGUAUCGGGGAUUGGGCCAUCGGAUGUUCUCAAGUCGCUCGACAUUCCUGUCAAGAUUGACCUUCCUGGCGUUGGGUGUAAUCUUCAGGACCAUCCCAUGGUUUAUGCCAACUACUACUACCGCAAUGAAUCAUAUUUCACGAGUGGUGAGAUAACCGACGAUGUGUAUGAUGAAGUUGCCGUGGAGUACAUACGGAACAGAACAGGUCCUUGGACGGCACCUCUCAUAAACACAGUUGCAUUCCCGAGUCUUCGAUGUGCAACAGAUGACUGGAAACAAUUCAUGAACAAGAGUUCGGGGGAUGGCAUUCCCUCAAAUACCUCCAACUCUGUGAAAAAGGGCUACGAAGUCCAGAAAAAGAUUCUCCAAGACCAGAUACUUAGCAAUGAUACCGGAAUCUUUGAGACCAUGGCCAACUCACAGGGGCAGUUGACUGUAGCUGCUCAAAAGACCUUCUCCCGUGGCACUGUCCGUCCCUCGUCAUCCUCAAUCUUCGAUCUGCCAAAGCUGGACCUGCGAUACUGCUCCGACCCGAUCGAUUGCGAGAUUAUCGUUCUUGGUCUCCAAAUGAAUGCAAAGCUGAUCCAAACCGACGCAAUGAAGGAACUCAUGCCUGGAGCGGAAUCGGCGUUUGAUACUACAGAUCAUGAGACGCUGAUGAAGCAUGUCAUGGAAAAGAUUACGACAGAGAGACAUCAUUCAGGGACAGCUGCCAUGAUGCCUCUUGAGUUGGGAGGAGUUGUUGACCCUGAGCUCAAGGUGCGUGGCACAUGUAACUUGCGUAUUGCUGAUGCCAGCAUCAUGCCCCUGAUUCCAUCAGCCAACCUACAAGCUAGUGUCUAUACCAUUGCUGAGAAGGCAGCAGACAUGAUCAAAUCAGCCAAACCGGAUUGUCGUAUUAUAGAAUGACUUCCUUUCCCCCCCAGAUCGUGAGCAACCAUCUGAUAACAUCCUCAUCCUUAAAUAGCACAUAGAUCAAACAAAAGAAAUGGUUGGUAUUCUGAUUACCAGGGAUG